AUGAAUCAUAUCGAUUUGCUUUUGCCAGGCUUCCAGGGGCAUGAGCUCCAAGCUAGUAUUUUGACACACAAACCGGAUUUCAACCUCUUGGAGGUAACAUGCCCGACUUCAGUUCCGGCGGCAAAAUGUGGCAUCCAGGGAGCGGGCUUGACUGUGGAAGAAUCACCUAGCUCAAUACAGAUCAUCAACGUUGAUCAAGACGACCGGUAUGUUGAUCCUGCGUUUGUGGUUUCCUCCUAA